AUGAGCGGCAAAGGCAAAUCCGGCAAAUCAUCCUCUGGCGGCAAGGUCGGCGGGGAUGGUAAGUCCCAGUCUCGCUCUGCCAAGGCUGGUCUCCAGUUCCCCGUCGGUCGUGUACACCGUCUCUUGAAGAAGGGUAACUACGCCCAACGCGUUGGCGCCGGUGCCCCAGUCUACUUGGCUGCCGUGCUCGAAUACCUCGCUGCAGAGAUUCUCGAGCUGGCUGGCAACGCCGCUCGUGAUAACAAGAAGCAACGUAUCGUCCCCCGUCACCUUCAGCUCGCCAUCCGUAACGAUGAAGAGUUGAACAGGCUAUUGGGCGAUGUCGUCAUCUCUCAGGGUGGUGUCGUGCCCCACAUUGCCGCAGAAUUGCUCCCCAGCAAGUCAAGCAAAUCCAAGAAAGACGCCGAAGAGGCCUAA